GGUAGCUGGCUGGCUGGCUAAGGAUGGCAGCAACACAUGUGGCAGUAAGAUAUGGAGAAUGAAGUAGAUGUUAGCCACGUAGCUUGCCACCUAUCUAUCUUCCGUUGGGCAAACCGCCUCAAUUUGCUAUGUACCUUUCCUCGCCGACCACAUUCUUCACUCUACCACGCAUAUCUAUUCUAUAUGUAUAGAUUGAAAGGGUCGCUCGCUCCUUGAAAAAAGGUCAAAACCCCUACGUGCAGAUUGUGCCGUUGCUGGCAUGCUAUUGAUCUGUUCGCGAGACUGCAAAACAAAUCCACUUUAGUUAACCCGCUUGCAGUCCCGGUCGGGCUUGUCCUACCAACUAGCUCGCAGUUUGUAUCUGUGUGUAUAUAACGGGUACGCACAUACCCGAAAAGGUUGAACCAAACAGCUAAGCUGGUGUAUUAUGUUACACUUCAAAAUUCUGAGUGACGACGUGUGAACGACAGAAUGGGUAUCUGCCGGAGUGGAAGAAUGGCUUCCAAAAGAGGUUCUGCGAUCAUGAUGCAGCACAGGAACUGCUCCUUUGUUCUUGGACUCGGGGUGGUGGUGAUCACGCUAAUUGCGGCAGUUGCUUGCGCCGAGAACGACCCCCCCAAUUCCAAUUCCAAAUAUGAGGAGGCCAAGGUGAAGAUCGAGCAUGCAGCGGAGACGGGGAAAGAGGGUGCGGAGUCAUGGGCAGAAUGGGCCAAGGACAAGAUCUCUGAAGGCUUAGGAUUGGGCACCGACAAGGCUAAGCAAGCUUCUGAUGCGGCUGCUAAGAAAAUCAAAGAUAGGAUUAAAGACUCUGCUUCUGGUGCUGGCCAGCACACUGCCGAGAAAGUUGGAGAGUUAAGGGAUGCAGCCACAGAAAAGGCUAGGAAUUCCAGGGAAACAGCAGCCGAAAAGGCAGAGGAGGCCAAGGAGAAGGCGGGAGAGGCUGUUGAGGAGGCGAGGCGCAAGUCAUCUGAAAAGGCAGAAGAGGCUGUUCAUAAGACAGGAGAGGGUAGACAGAAGGCGGCUGAGAAGGCAGAAGCAGCCAAGGAAGCAGGUGCAGAAAUGGGAAAGAUGGCGUCGGAAGAAGCCAAGCAAGGGUACGAGACCGCCAAGCACAAAGCUGCUGAGGCCAUCGACUCCAACAUGCAGGCUGCAAAGGAAAAAUCUCGCCAUCUGAAGGAUGAAGUUGCUGCUACUCGUGACGAGGAGCUCUGAUCUGAUGAGAGACAUCAAUCACAACGCCAGAACCAUGCCAUUGCCAUUGCCAUUGCCAUUUGCCACUUGCCACUUGCCACUUGCCACUUGCCACUUGCCACCACCGAGUCGUUCUAUUCCACUGUGUAAUUAUGUAUCCUUAUACUAUAUAAGAAGAAUGAGUUUAGGGAAAAGAUUUCAACUGCAAGGCUAUUUUGGGAAUAUAAGAGUAUUUGAAGUGCAAUUGGAGUAUUGAAUAUAAA